AUGAAUGAUUUAGAAUUUGAAGAUUUUAAAGAUACUUGGGAUGAUACAACUCCAGUUGAAGCAUCACAAGAUCCUGAAGGAAUUUUUAAUGUUCAAUACUCAAGAAAAUAUCGUAUUAUUAUGGGAAUAUUUCGAGCAGCGUUAAAUAAAAUGGAAAUAUCAAAGCGUGCACUGAAACUUACAGAAAUAAUAGUUACCAAGAAUCCUUCUAAUAUAAAUGCAUGGUGGUAUCGCCAAGAGAUUCUGAAAGUUCUUGGAUAUUCAUGGGAAGAAGAAAUGAAUUUCCUUGAUGAAUUAUUGGUUGCAGAAAAUAAACCAUACCAACUAUGGAAUCACCGUAAAUUCCUUGAUGAUCGCUGUGAAACAGUACCAGAUGAGAAGGAUAGACUAUUUAGAAUCAUUGCAGGCGAUCACAAAAACUUCCAUGCAUAUAGCUUCUUCAUUUGGUUCAUUCAGCGUUGGGGAGUUUAUGAUUUUUUACUUGAUUAUACAACUGAUUUACUUAAAGUUGAUAAUCUCAACAAUAGUGCCCUCGCAUUCAGAUUUUGGAUAGUUGAAAAUAAGAAACUUAAUACGGCUGAUGAGUUAAAAUACAUUUUCGACUUAAUGAAGCGGAAUUAUCAAAAUGAAAGUGCAGCAAACUUCAUUCGUGGACUAAUGAAACUUGAUACAUCAUUAAUUCCAAUAGUUAAAGAGGAAUUAAAUAAAAUUGUUACUGAAAAUUGCUUCGCGGAAAUUUACUCUCUUUUAUAUACAAUUGCAUGUUUAGAAGAUGACAAAUCAGCACAAGAUAAAUACUGCGAUAUACUGAUUGAUUUAAAUCCAUCUAAGUCAAAAUAUUGGCAAAUGGUUAAAAACCAUCAAAUUUGUUAA